AUGGCCGAGCUCAAGGCGCUGUCGGGGGACGCGUACCUGGCGCUGGGCCGCGGCUACGCGGGGGCGACGGGCGGCCUGGCCUACGGGGCGGCGCGGGGGCCCGAGGGCGGCCCGGGCGGCGAGCUCCCCGCGGGCCCCGCGCCCCAGGGCGCGGCCGAGAGCAGCGGCGAGCAGAGCGGCGACGACGACGACGCCUUCGAGCGGCGGCGGCGGCGGCGGCGGCGGGGCGCGGGGGGCGCGGGCGGCGCGGGGGCCGCGGGGGAGGCGCGGCGGCGGCCCCGGGAGCAGCGCUCGCUGCGGCUGAGCAUCAACGCGCGCGAGCGGCGGCGGAUGCACGACCUGAACGACGCGCUGGACGGGCUGCGGGCCGUCAUCCCCUACGCGCACAGCCCGUCGGUGCGCAAGCUCUCCAAGAUCGCCACGCUGCUGCUCGCCAAGAACUACAUCCUCAUGCAGGCGCAGGCCCUGGACGAGAUGCGGCGCCUCGUGGCUUACCUGAACCAGGGCCAGGGCCUGGCUGCGCCGGUGGCCGCUGCGCCCCUGCCGCCCUUCGGCCAGGCCGCCGUGUACCCCUUCUCGGCGGGCGCCCCGCUGCCCUGCCCCGACAAGUGCACCGCCUUCUCCGGGACGCCCUCCGCGCUUUGCAAACACUGUAGCGGGAAGCCCUGA